AAAUGCAAUUUCUCAGUAUGGUUCCAUCGAAUGUUAUCCACCGACCGACCGACCGACAAACCGGACGUGAGUGGUCCAGAUGCGCACACUUGUUGGUCAACAGACCGACCAAUUAUUCUUGUUGCGCGGUUGGUUGGGUGUUAUAUUCCGACAGCCGAACCCCCCACCAUUACACACAACAAAUUGUGCCGUGUGCAGCGCUGUCGUGCCGACAGCCCAACAGAUGUGCGUUAGUUAUCUGUGCAAGAGAAAAAUACAAUACCGCAAAUGGCUAAUAACAUGACAGAUUGCGAGGCUGAUAGAAGUAAAAUGACUGAACUGUUAGAGAAAUAUAGAGAGAGCAGAUGCUUGUGGGACACGACUUGUGAAGAAUAUAGUAACAGAGAAGCUAGGUAUGGAGCAUUGACUACCUUACUGGAGAUUUACAAACAAAUCAACCCCAACGCCACAUUAGUAAGCUUAAGACGUAAGUUGGAAAAUAUGCGUACGGCGUAUAAAAGAGAACUGAGGAGGGUGAGAGACUCGAUGUGCUCAGGAGUAGAAGAACAAAUUUAUACUCCACGGCUGUGGUACUAUGAUCUUCUUUCUUUCCUAGAUGAAAGGAACAUAAACACAAGAGAUGGGACAGAUACGAUGCAAGAGGAAGAUGUUGCCAUUAAUGACUCUUAUAUGGAAUCGCAAGAAAUGAGGCAUAUAAGUAAGAGGAAGAGAGAGGAACAGAAAAACAGAGAGGAAUUAAUUACUUUAACAAAAAAGUUAAUUACGUCAAAACCUGACCAGUGGGACGGACUAGCCAUAGCAUAUACUGAGCAGCUAAGGGAGCUGCAGCCUCAACAACAGGCAAUAGCUCAGAAACUUAUAUCUGAAGUUAUUUGUUUUGGCAAGUUAGGCCUCCUGUCCACACAAUCCACUGUAAUUCUUCCGGCCCAGCCACAUUCUUUUCCAGUGAUACAAACAUCAGUUGUCCCAGUUCCAUCCACACCCCCUGUCACACACAUCCCAACUCUUGCCCCAGUCCCAUCCCCAUCCCCAGUCUCACACAUCCUGUCCUCCUCUUCCACUAACACACAACCAUCUCCCUGUCUCUCCUCCACCAUAAAUACAUAUAACAGAGAGUGAAGGUGGGGAAAAUAUUCUGGAUGACCUUUUUGUUUCCUUAUGUGAGUUUCAUUUGUUUUAUUUUGUUUCACUUUGUUUCAACAUUACAUUAUGUAAAUGUAAAUUAUGUAAACAGCAUGUAAAAUAAAUAUUUUUUUCCUAUUUUAGGACUACACACAUAAUAAAGUA